AUGUGGGCAACCGGUGGUGUCGUAUGUUCACCGUUCUAUCGUAUUCUCACCGCUUGCUGUCCAAUUCGACGUGGUACGAAUACGAAUCGAUACCAAUCAUCAACUCAAAAAACUGUAGAUAUCGGCGAUGUACCGUCAUUCACAUCGAAAACGCUUGCGGUUCAACCGGACGGUGUUCUACCGCCAUCGGUGCCAGCCGGUCAAGAAUACGGCGAAAUUCUUGCACGAAUCGAUUACGAUUUUUCACAGAACAAGCUGGCUGUCACAAUUCUCGAAGCGCACGGUUUACCGGCAAUGGAUCGUAAUGGAAUGUCGGAUCCGUAUGUGAAAAUAUGUAUUCUGCCGGAACGAAAGCAGAAAUAUGAGACAAAAAUCAUACGAAACUCAUUGAAUCCCGUCUACAAUGAGACAUUCUUAUUUUCACUACCCUUCAACGAACUACAAUCAAAAACGUUGAUGUUGACCGUGUACGACUAUGAUCGACUAUCAAAAGAUGAUAAAAUGGGUCAACUAUCGAUUCCGCUCGAAUCAAUCGAUUUCGGAACAACAACGGAAAUCUGUCGAUAUCUAUGCAAACCGGAGAACGACGACGAUCGUGAAUCUCGACUUGGUGAUAUCUGCUUCUCGACGCGAUAUCGUCCUGCCACUGGUACCGUAACCCUAACCAUUAUGGAAGCGAGAAAUUUGAAAAAGAUGGAUGUGGGCGGUUCUUCGGAUCCAUACGUGAAAAUCUACCUAUAUCAUGGAAGAAAAUUGCUCAGCAAGAAGAAAACAUCACGAAAAUACCGUACUCUGAAUCCAUACUACAACGAAAGCUUCCAAUUCAAAAUUGAGCCUUCCAUGAUGGAUCGUGUUCACUUGGUGAUAUCCGUGUGGGAUUACGAUAAGAUGAGCAAAAAUGACUUUAUUGGAGAGGUGACACUAGCGUCACAAGCGUUGAAUUUGCCACAGGUGACACUUGCAUGUCACGAGCAAUGGGCGGAGAUGUUAACGUCACGACGUCCUGUCGUUCAAUGGCACACGCUCCAGGAACGAUGGGAAAAAGAGAAGGAUAAGGAUCGAAAGCAUAAGGAAUAG